AGACCACAACAGAGUCCUACUAAGAAAAUCUGUAUAUCCCCAAACAGCCCUCCGCGUCUCUUCAAAUUUUCACUCCCUACCCUCAGUGCUCCUGUGCUCAUCCGGCUCUGCUUAUCUGCCCUAGUGCCUUCUCUAUCACUCUCCCAGAAAUCAGGAAAUGGUGGAGCCGGUGACGCCCGACUGCGACGAGGAGCGCUCGCUCCUGCAAGAGUCGAGCAAUGUUGAAGGGUCGUGGCGGUUGAACUUCGACGGUUUCCAGGUAUCCUCUGAGCACAAGGAGAAAAGGCCUCCCCGUGGCCUCCAUGACUGCCUUGGGGUUCUAGGCCCGGAAGAUAAUGUGGCAGAGUACUACCAACAACAGGUAGAAAUGCUUGAGGGCUUUACCGAGAUGGAUGCCUUAGCGGAGCGUGGUUUUAUUCCUGGAAUGUCAAAGGAAGAGCAGGAAAAGUUGGCAAACAGUGAGACAUUUGCCAUCAGAAUAUCAAAUGUUGCAAACAUGGUUCUUUUUGCAGCUAAAGUUUAUGCAUCUCUCAGAAGUGGUUCAUUAGCCAUCAUCGCAUCCACGUUAGACUCAUUGCUCGAUCUUUUGUCUGGCUUCAUCCUGUGGUUUACUGCAUUCUCCAUGCAAACCCCUAACCCAUAUCAGUACCCUAUCGGGAAGAAACGCAUGCAGCCAUUGGGAAUCCUUGUUUUUGCCUCUGUCAUGGCAACCCUGGGACUGCAGAUCAUCCUAGAGUCAAUUCGCACACUAGCUUCUGAUGAGGAUGGGUUCAGCUUGACCAAAGAUCAAGAGCGAUGGGUCGUGGGCAUUAUGCUAUCAGUAACUUUGGUUAAAUUGCUUCUGAUGCUUUAUUGCCGCACUUUCAAGAACGAAAUUGUUAAAGCCUAUGCCCAGGAUCACUUCUUUGAUGUUAUAACUAACAUCAUUGGUCUCGUUGCUGUGCUCCUUGCUAAGUAUUUUGAUGAUUGGAUGGACCCUGUUGGAGCUGUCAUUCUGGCCUUGUACACCAUUCGCACCUGGUCCUUGACGGUUUUGGAAAAUGUGAAUUCCCUAGUUGGAAAAUCAGCUGCUCCAGAAUAUCUACAAAAACUAACAUACCUUUGUUGGAACCAUCACAAGGCGGUACGGCAUAUAGAUACUGUGCGGGCUUACACCUUUGGCUCUCACUACUUUGUUGAGGUUGACAUUGUCCUGCCAGCAGACAUGCCCCUGCAAGUGGCGCAUGACAUAGGAGAAACGCUGCAGGAGAAGCUCGAGCUCUUGCCCGAAAUUGAGCGUGCCUUUGUUCAUCUAGAUUAUGAGUUCAGUCACAAGCCCGAGCACGCACAGUCACACUCAUAAAGUGAGGAUUUUUAUUUAUAUAUUACUGUUCCACGUGAAUGCUAGACAUUAUUCGGAACGGGAGGCAAAUGAAACGAAAAAAUGUGUAGAUAUUUGGUUAGGCGUCAAGAACAAGUUGGAUUCUUCUAGUGACAAUGGGAAACAAACAUAUGUAUGGCUUGUUCUCAAUCUCAUGCAUCCUAAAAAAUGAGACGCAGUAAUUUCAACUUGAUAGGUCCAGCCUACGUGCUAAUUUAGACUGCCUGAGCUUAGGUGGGACUUGGAUCUUCUCAAUCAAAAAAAAAACAAAGAAAUAUCAUAUUUGGAAACUGUUUUCCAAUUAAAUAACACGGUAAUUUCAAAA